AUGCGUUCCAGUCUUACCUUCGGGGCCCUUGCCUCCCUUUCACUCGUUCAAGGUUUCACUCACCCCGGCCUUCUCCAUACGAACGAGGACUUUGACCGCAUCAAGUCCAAGGUCCAGGCUAGCGCUGAGCCCUGGAUCACCGGCUGGUACAAGCUGACCAACAACUCCUACGCAUCGCCGUCGUACACCAACACGGCGCAGGAGGUCAUUUAUCGCGGCGACGACGGCACUCACUCCCAGAACUACCCCAACCUAUAUCGCGACAUUGCAGCCGCUUACGCCCUCGCCAUACAGUGGAAAGUCACCGACAACACCACCUACGCGGACUCCGCCGUCGCCAUCCUCGAUGCCUGGGGUACCACCCUAACCGGGAUCUCCGGUAGCUCGGACAAGUUCCUGGCUUCGGGAAUCUACGGCUACGAGCUAGCGAACGCAGCCGAGUUGAUGCGCGACUACGACGGCUGGUCGACCGAGAGCUUCAACACUCUGCGCGACAUGAUGGUGAACGUGUUCUACCCGAUGAAUCGGGACUUCUUUGUGCGACACAACGACGCCGAGGUCGAUCACUACUGGGCGAACUGGGAUCUUUGCAACAUCGCAUCCAUGCUAUCCAUCGGCGUUCUGUCCGACAACGAGACCAUGUAUCAGGAAGCAGUGGAUUAUUUCAAGAACGGCGACGGUAACGGCCAGCUGGGGAAGAUGGUCUGGAAACUGUACGAUGUCGAUGGACAAAGUCUAGGCCAGGGACAGGAGGCCGGGCGGGAUCAGGGUCACUCGAUGCUGGACUUUGCCCUGCUGGGCCCUAUCGCCCUGUCGGCUUAUAACCAGGGUGAUGACCUGUUUGAGUACUUGGACAACCGGAUUCUCGCUGGUGCCGAGUACGUCGCCAAGUACAAUCUGGGCGAAGAUGUUCCCUACACGACAUACGUCAACAGCGAUGUCACGCAGGAUGUAAUCAGCGAGGCCGGCCGUGGUGAUAUCCGUCCACUUUGGGAGCUGCUGUACAAUCACUACGGUGUGCUGAAAAAGCUGGACGUCACCUGGACGAAGAAAUAUCGUGAUAUGGUGGUUGAGAACGGCGACGGAGCUGAAGGAGGUGGUGGUGACUAUGGAAGCACCAGCGGGGGAUUCGACCAGUUGGGUCAUGGGACGCUUUUAUACACGCUGGAGUAA